UAGUUCAUCCGAUUCCUUUUAGUCUUCGUUGAGAUUCAAGCGCGUUCUGUGUUUUCCGAUUAUAUUACAUUGUCAUCAUACAAAUAAUUCGUUGGAGUAACAAAUUUCGUUUACAAACAGUGCAUACUAUAAUCGAUUUUAGAAUCUUGAAGCAUAAUGUGUAUUUAAUAUGCACAUACACACAAAUGUUUUUAAAAUGUGACUAUGAGGAUAUAUGAAAGCACACACAAUGUCGGAUUUGAAUAUGGAAUCAAUAGUCCCUACCAACACACCAGAUGCAGGGAAAGUGUUGGAAACAGAUGACAAGAAAAUAUUAAAUGUAAAAAAGCUUACAUCUGAUGCACAAAAUGCCACUUUUGUUAACUGUGAUGAUGAUGACAACGAUGUUAUCGUUGUUAAAAUAGAGGAAGGUUGUAAGCAGGAAGCGCUCAACACAGCGAUUACAGGGUCUACAAUGAUAUUGAAUAAAAAAUUUGAAGAAUUGCACAUUGAUUCAAAAAAUAAUAUUUCAAAUGCAAGUGAUAAAUGCGAAUGUUUUUGUAUAAACUCUGCCGGUACAAAGCCAAAAAAUAUUAAUAAAAGAGAACGGACCAAUCAAAACAUAAGAUCUAAACAAAUUGAUACUGAAGCUUCAGAACCUCAGUGUGAUUGUGAAAGCCUUAAAAAACUAAAUUGUGUGAAAGGCAGUGGAGUAAUGCCAGAUGAUAAUCCUUUACUUCCGCCAAAUAAAAUUAGCUCGUCUUUAGAAAUUAAGACACCUUCAGUGCUUCGUAAUGGCGCACAAAGAGAUACAGAUGUUAAACUUAAUCAAAUGAAUUCCUCAAUUCCAAAACAGCAUCUCCCUACACUGUUAAAAUCACAGUCGCUAGACUUGUACAAUGAUGAUUGUGCAUUUUUAAAUAUUGAUCAGAAGUUACAGCAUCGUCAUCUUCCCGAAAUAAAUGAAUAUCGAUCAACUGAUAGCCAAAUUCAAUCACCGACUACUGAAGCAAUACCGAUUACCAAAGAAAUACAGCAGACAUCUACCUUAGAGACAAGCCGGCAUCCAUUUCAGCGCCCAAAUAUUGCACCAACAAUCUGUAUGCGUACAGAAUCUCGUCCAAUUUAUCCGAACGUUCCUUACAGUCCAUAUGGUAGUCCAUACGGUAGUCCACGUUCAGUUCGACGACGGCCUCCUCUGCGAGAAUCACGUAGAAUAUCUAUUGAAAAGUCUGGAAGCUUUCUACAGCUAAAUCAGUAUAAACUUAUGGAUCAAAUUGGACAAGGCUCAUAUGGACUUGUAAAAUUAGCUUAUUCUGAAGAAGACUCGACACAUUAUGCAAUGAAGAUUCUCUCUAAAAAACGCUUACUUCGACAAGCUGCUCUCAUGCGACGUAGUCCAAAACAAGCAACAUCUCCACUGGAUCGUGUUUAUAGAGAAAUUGCAGUUUUAAAAAAACUAGAUCAUCCCAACAUUGUGAAACUUGUAGAAGUCUUAGACGAUCCAAUGGAAGAUUCACUCUAUAUGGUUUUUGAGUUGGUUAAAAAAGGAGAAGUGCUUUGUAUUCCUACAGAUAAGCCAUUACCGGAACAGCGUGCAUGGAGUGUGUUUCGGGACUCAUUACUUGGCCUCGAGUAUUUGCAUUAUCAAAAAAUUAUACAUGCUGACAUAAAACCAGGAAAUUUGCUACUGACGCAAUGUGGACAUGUCAAAAUAGCCGAUUUAGGAGUAUGCAAUGAGUUUCUUGGUGACGAUGCUAUCAUGAGUAAUGGCUCAACAGCUGGUACACCUGCAUUUCGAGCUCCUGAAACCCUGGUUUUGGGCAAGAAUGUAUAUUGUGGUCGUGCGGCGGAUAUCUGGGCAUUGGGUGCAACACUGUUCUCUUUGGUUUAUGGCAAUGUCCCCUUCGUAGCAAAUUCAAUACCUAUACUGUAUGAGAAAAUUAAAACCGAAGAAGUGGUCUUUCCAGAAACACCAAAAAUUAGUGGUGAUAUGCGACACUGUAUUAUUCGAAUGCUUGAAAAGGAUGCUGCACAUAGAAUUACUUUGCCGCAAUUAAAGAUUAAUCCAUGGGUCACCAGUAAUGGAAUUUAUCCUUUACCUACGGAAGAUGAGAACUGUUGUUUGGUUCAAGUAGACGAGGAAGAUAUAAAUUCUGUUGUUCGCAGCAUUCCGAAGCUUGAUACCCUCAUCUUGAUUAAAACAAUGCUCAAGAAUCAUUCCUUUGGCAAUCCUUUCAUUAAAGGUAUUUCCGGAAGGGCGCCUCAACCUGGUGGUUCUAGGUUACAAAAAUUUAUUCAAGCUGGCAGAUCAAAUUCAGCCCCCGGCUCGUAUCACAUGGAUCUUGACAGACAACCAUCAUCGGAUAAUGUACUUCCAUCUUUGACUGAACAUUGUCCCAAUUCAAAAAAUGAAGAUUCAUAAUUAAUUACUCAAAUAUAAGAUAUUUAAAUUCGAAUAUGAACAUUUUUAAUAACACCAUUGAUUUGUAAAUUCUCGUAUUAGUACUUACUUUUAAAGGAUUACCGGCCAAGCCGUCCAAUCCUAGUGAUAGUUAUUCACUAGUGCUUUACAUAUACUUAUGUAUAUUCCAAGGUAUAACUUAUGGCCUUUAAAAUAAUUUCAUUAAAUUGUUUUUAAACUGGAACAUUUCAAAAACAUAACUUAAUGAAAGUUUGCGAAAAAAAAUAUAUAUAGAAGUUUUUUUCAACGCUUUCCGUGCUAUAUUAAUAUAAGCUUAUUUAAUUGCAAAUUGUGCCAAACGUAUAAAUCAUUUCUACAAAUUUUUUAUAAAAAUCUCCGUUUAAUUAAAACUGAUGACAAAAAUAUGAAUUAUAGUCAUAUUUUAUUAACAGGAUCAUACUAAAGCUUCUAAUCACGUAUAAAUACCCCGAAAUUAUGUACAUCAUUAUUAUUUUAGACAAAUAAGUGUUAGAAUAUUAGGAGUGGCACUAUUUCUGUUUCUUGACACUUUUAUUGUCAAAAAAAGAAUUGUUAGCAAGCGAAGCGUAAAUUUUAUAAGCAAAUGAAUUCCACUAACAUGUUAAUAUUGCUUUAUACCUUAAAUUUUUUUUUGUUGCUAUUGAAUGGGUUUUCUAAAAUCUAAUUUGUUAUGUUUGUAUUUUUGCAAUUUUAUUAUUGUUUUUAUUUUAUGAUAUUUGUUAUAUAUACACGUUUAUUGACCAAAACUAAAUGGUUGUUAAAAUAAAGCGGUGCUUGUUAAUUAAUUGCACAAGACUAAAAGGCAA